CAAACCACCGUCAAAUUGAACUUGAUAAAUCAGCCGGCAUUCGAGCAGCAUAAAAAAGAGGAUUUCACAAAUAUUCUCAAAAUGACUGCGUUCGAAGAGUUUGGCGUGCUUCCGGAGCUGGGAAAGGCCACCGACGAAUUGGACUGGACCCUGCCCACCGAUGUCCAGGCGGAGGCCAUUCCCCUGAUCCUGGGCGGCGGCGAUGUGCUGAUGGCCGCCGAAACGGGAUCGGGAAAAACGGGUGCCUUCUGCCUGCCCAUCCUGCAGAUCGUGUGGGAGACUCUGCGGGAUCUGGAGGAGGGAAAAGCGGGCAAGGGCGCCGCAGGAGGAGCAUCUGUGGCGCCCUGGACCAUGUCCUUCUUCGACCGCGGCAACGCCCUGGCCGUGACUCCCGAGGGCCUGCGCUGCCAGUCGCGGGAGUUCAAGGAGUGGCACGGAUGCCGCGCCACCACCGGUGUCCGCGGCAGGGGAAAGUUCUACUUCGAGGCCACCGUCACCGACGAGGGCCUCUGUCGCGUGGGCUGGUCCACGCAGCAGGCGAACCUCGAUCUGGGCACCUGCCGCAUGGGCUUCGGAUUCGGCGGAACCGGCAAGAAGUCCAACAACCGACAGUUUGACGAUUACGGCGAGGCCUUCGGCAAGGCGGAUGUCAUUGGUUGCCUGCUUGAUUUGCAGCGCCUGGAGGUGAGCUUCUCCAAGAAUGGACAGCACCUUGGGGUGGCCUUCCGCCUGCCGGAGAACCUGGCCAAGGAGACCUUCUACCCGGCGGUGGUGCUUAAGAACGCAGAAAUGCUGUUCAACUUUGGAAAGACUGACUUUAAGUACGCCCCGGGCAACGGAUUUGUGGCCGCCUGCCAGGCAGGAGCGGAGCAUAGCAGGGCCAAUCCAGUGGCCAGUGCCGCAGCUGGAGCAACGAGCGCCAAACCGGCGCCGAAUGCCCCGCAGGCAAUCAUCAUCGAGCCCAGCAGGGAGCUCGCGGAGCAGACCUACAACCAGAUCGAGAAGUUCAAGUACCACUUGAGCAACCCCGAGGUGCGCUCCCUGCUGCUCAUUGGCGGCGUGAGGCUAGAAGAGCAGAAGGCGCAGCUGAUGCAGGGCACCCACAUCGUGGUGGGCACCCCGGGCCGUCUGGAGGAGAUGAUCAACAGCGGCCUAGUGCUGCUCACCCAUUGCCGCUUCUUCGUGCUGGACGAGGCUGACGCUCUGCUCAAGCAGGGCUACACCGAACUGAUUGACCGGUUGCACAAGCAAAUACCCAAGAUCACGUCGGACGGUCGCCGGCUGCAGAUGGUUGUCUGCUCCGCGACGUUGCACGCGUUCGAAGUGAAGAAGAUGGCCGAGCGCCUGAUGCACUUCCCCACCUGGGUGGAUCUAAAAGGGGAAGAUGCCGUGCCGGAGACAGUGCACCACGUCGUUUGCCUGGUUGAUCCCCAGGCGGAUUCCAGCUGGCAGUCGCUGCGCCAGCCCAUCAACACCGACGGCGUCCACGAUCGGGACAACGUGCAUCCGGGCAAUCCCUCCCAGGAGACGCAGUCGCAGGCAGUCAAGCUGCUGAAGGGAGAGUACUGUGUCCACGCCAUAGAGAAGCACAAGAUGGACAGGGCCAUCAUCUUCUGCCGCACCAAGCAGGACUGCGACAACCUGGAGAAAUAUCUUCGCCAGCGUGGCGGGCAGCGCUACUCGUGCGUCUGCCUGCACGGCGACCGAAAGCCGCAGGAGCGCAAACAGAACCUCGAGAUGUUCAAGCGGCAGCAGGUCAAGUUUCUCAUUUGCACGGAUGUGGCGGCCCGCGGGCUUGACAUCACCGGACUGCCGUUCAUGAUCAAUGUAACGCUGCCCGACGACAAAACCAACUAUGUGCACCGCAUCGGACGCGUGGGCAGGGCGGAGCGCAUGGGCCUGGCCAUCAGCCUGGUGUCCACGGUGCCGGAGAAGGUGUGGUAUCACGGCGAGUGGUGCAAGUCGCGCGGCCGCAACUGCAGCAACACCAACCUGACCGACGUCCGCGGGUGCUGCAUCUGGUACAACGAGCCCAAUCUGCUGGCCGAAGUGGAGGAUCACCUGAACAUUACCAUCCAGCAGGUGGACCGGGCCAUGGAGGUGCCGGUCAACGACUUCGACGGCAAGGUGGUGUACGGCCAGAAGAACUUCAACACGGGAAGCGGCUACGAGGACCAUGUCGAGCAGCUGGUGCCCACCGUUCGCAAACUGACCGACCUCGAGUUGCAAUCACAAUCUUUAUUCUUGAAACGCCUUAAGGUCUAAAACGGAUUUGGAUCGGGAGCUGGAUCUGGAGCGGUAUUCGUUUGCUAAGCAAGGAGAGGGUGUCGUGAACGGAGGACUGCAUGACCAACUCACGCGGGAAUACUUUUGCGGCACAGACACACAUAAAUAUGUAGGAAAUCGGAGCUGUCGCUCUGUCAUUACGAGUAAACAUUCAAUUAAACUAACAUUAAAAUCUUCUGUCUAAAGAGUAAA